UCUCACACUCCCUGAGUAUUCACCCACCUCUAGUUUGUUUAUUUAUGAAUGGGGAAUGAACAGAACUGAUUCCUCUUUUCUCCAUCCUUUUAUUUGAAGAAGGACUAUUGAAUCUCUGUCUUCGUAUAGUAUCUUUCUGUGUUCCCUCUUCAAAGCCGUCCUCCACCUGGCCUCGUUCAGUUACUCUGGCUUGGCUUGUUUGUUGUCUGGGGUAACGCUGUUGCUGGGGACGAUGUCAGAACACAUUCAGCUCUCAAUUGCCCUGUGUAGGAUUGGCUUUUAUACGUGUCUCCAGAAAUUGUGCUGUAAGGCCCCCCCUCCAGCUAGACCAGAGUAUGAUGUAGUAUGCAUUGGACUGAGCGGUGCCGGCAAGACCAGUCUGCUAUCUCGCUUGUGCAAUGAGAUCAGUGAUGGCACAAUACCAACCACAGGUUUCAGCAUCAAGGCAGUGCCAUUCAAAAAUGCGAUACUGAAUGUGAAGGAACUAGGAGGAGCUGAGACCAUCAAGAUAUACUGGAGCCGAUAUUAUCAAGGUUCCCAAGGUGUAGUGUUUGUCCUCAAUAGUACUGCAUCAGAUGAAGAGAUGGAGGCUUCCCGGUCUGAGCUCCACUUGGCCAUGCAGCAUCCUCAGCUGUGCACCCUACCUUUCCUCAUUCUCGCCAACCACCAGGAUUCACCAGCUGCCCACUCUGUGUCGGAGAUACAGAAGUACUUUGAAUUGCAGCCGCUGAACCGAGGGAAGCGGUGGAUUCUUGCAGGCACCACAACGAACAACAUGGAGGCUGUGAGAGAGAGUUUCAGUCAACUCAUCAGCCUUUUGGAAGAAAAGGAGGUGCUACCUAGCAGGAUAUGAUUCAAUCAAACUUCAAAGUGGAAAGUGGGUUUGAAGUGUUGCUUGCUAGAAGGAAUUUUUUGGACCUCUCAUUCGUCGUUGUUUUAUAACCCACUGGAGACAUAGAUGCAAAAAGCCACAUGUUUUGAUGAGCUGACUGACAUAUUUGUCACCCUUAGGUCAAGGGCCACACAUAUGCUGAUUUAGUAGCAGGUGAACCAAAGUCCUUC